AUGAGAGGCACUUUGGGAAAACAAGAAAUACCCCCAGAGGUCAAUCGGAAGGAUAUUCAGAGACAGAGACAAAAGACAACAAGGAUAAAAGAGACAGAAGCCAUUAGAGGAUCAUCCAUAUACCGAUUUUGUGCAAAGGUAAAAACUGUUAAUGUUCAUAUCAGGGAUCCUCCAGAUGACAAACCACAAGAGAAAUCAGAGAGGAAGAAGAGCAGAGGAAAUUCAGCGAGAGAAGAAGAAGAAGAAGAAGAAGAAUACAACUACGACCCUCACUUACUCGAAGGAAUAGCAGCCUUGAUGGAACUCUCCGCAGCUCCUAGGGUCAUCGCAGGAUCUCCCUCGGAAGGGGAAGGUGGGGAAGGACGUCCACCAUCCCCUCGCCAGCAGAAGCCGAAGGGUCCACUAGCAGCGCCCUUCCGCUGCAAGAUCUGCAAGGAAGGGUUCCCCACGGAGAAGAAGAUGCUGAUCCACAAGUCCGUCCACUUCAGGGAGGUUCCUUUCGUCUGCCUCAACUGCUUCAGGACCUUCGACGAUUUCGACGUCCUCCAAGAUCACACGGCGUCCCACAGGGUCUUCCACUGCGCCAGCUGUCCCUCCGUGUUCCCGGAUCACCUCUCCCUCAGGAAGCACCUGCUGAUGCAUCCCGUCGGGUCGAUCGUGUCCUGA